CUUUCAUUGACUGCACCUCAGAAUGGCUCAAAUGUGAAUCUCAUGAGAGCCUGAAUACAGUCUAAACGUCUGGCAACAAGCUGCUGCUGGUGGUGUCAUUCCAUGGUCUUGACCUGCAGACUCCCCAACACUGAGAUCCAACCCUGGAAGAGGACACUCAACUUGAUGCUCAGGACAUGAAGCCAAACUAACUGAAUGAAGAAUCUGUCCUUUGCCCUGUUUGCACUUUCUUCACUUGCAGGGAAAGCUUUGCAGAGCUGAAUACAUUGGAAACCUAAGUCAGCAGCAUUGGAAGUCAUGGUCCCCUCACUGCACUGGUUCCUGCUAUUGUGGGGACUUCAGGGUCUUUGGGCACAGGACUAUGACGAAGACUCUCGUGAACAGGUGGUGACUACCAGGAAGAGGAGCAAAGUAUAUUCAUCCAAUUUCAUACCACAAAAUGCCAAAGCAUUAGUUGAUGAAGACUGCAGCGUGGAGAUAGCCUUCCUGAUCGACAGCUCAGAGAGCGCCAAAGAGAACCAUGCCCAGGAGAAGCGCUUCGUCACAGAAGUGGUGGACCGAAUGCAGGGCCUCCGCCUGCAGACCGGCCGGGGCAUCAGCUCCCGUGCAGCACUCCUCCAGUACAGCAGCCAGGUCAUCACAGAGCAGACCUUCAAAGACUGGAGGGGCGCCGACAACUUCAAGGCCAAAGUGACUCCUAUAGUGUACAUCGGCCACGGCACCUACACAACCUAUGCCAUCACCAACCUAACCAGCAUCUACCUGGCAGAGUCGGAGCCUAGCAGCAUCAAGGUGGCCGUCCUGCUCUUCGAUGGCAUCUCGCACCCCAGAAAUCCAGAUAUAUUUGCAGCUGUGGCUGAUGCCAAGAACCAGGGAGUCCGUUUCUUCACCAUAGGUAUCACACCUGAAGCCAAUGAGCCUGCCAAUGUAGCUCAGCUGAGGCUUAUUGCUAAUUCCCCAGCUUCACGCUAUCUUCACAACCUGCAGGACAAAGGCAUUGUGGAUAAAGUCAUCAAGGAGAUUACAACACUGGCAGAAGAUGGGUGUCCCCUGGUCCGGACCCCAUGUAUGUGUGACAAGGGUGAGAGGGGACCCGGUGGCCCUCCUGGUAAGAAGGGGCGUCCAGGAGAUGAUGGGGUCCCCGGCCAAAAGGGAACAAAGGGUGAGAGUGGGCUCAGUGGACUUCCUGGUCGGGAGGGAUCGGAGGGGAAAUCAGGAUACAAAGGAGAGAAGGGAGAGAGGGGGGAGUGUGGCACGCCUGGAAUUAAAGGAGACAGAGGUCCUGAAGGUCCUAUUGGCCCAAAAGGAAAUCGUGGACUUCAGGGUUUGCCCGGUCCACAUGGUGAUUCUGGACCUGAAGGUGUGAUGGGAAGAAAAGGGGAACGGGGACUUCCUGGGCCACCUGGAGUCCAAGGGGAAACUGGAAUCGGUCUUCCGGGACCCAAGGGUGAUGUUGGUUUCCAGGGGCAACUGGGGCCACCGGGUCCUCCAGGAGUUGGCGAGCCCGGACCACCGGGGCCUCAAGGGCACCAGGGAGUCCAAGGAGAGAGAGGACAGAUAGGAGAAGGUCUCCCCGGACCAAAGGGAGAACGAGGCUUGGAGGGGCCACGGGGGCCCAGAGGACAGCCAGGCGCCGGUAUCAAAGGAGACAAGGGGGAGUUUGGCCCCCAAGGUCUUCAGGGGCAUAUUGGCCUCCCAGGAAUGGGCAUACAGGGUGAGAAGGGCGUGGAAGGACCAAGGGGUCCACCAGGGGGAAGAGGCCAACCAGGAGAAGGUUUACCUGGAUCCAAGGGAGACCAAGGGUUACCAGGCGAGGUUGGUGCCCCAGGAGAAAGAGGUGCUGGAGACCCUGGAGCUAAGGGUGAGCCAGGAUCACCAGGAUUGUCCGGUUUGCCAGGCCUGCCAGGAGAGGAUGGAGCCCCUGGGCAGAAGGGUGAGCUAGGACCUGUAGGUGUAAGGGGGCCAGAGGGAAUACCUGGUAUUGGCACCCAGGGUGAAAAGGGUGACCAAGGCCAAAGGGGAAUCAGAGGCUUGACUGGUCCACCUGGCAUUGCUGGACCCUCGGGACCAAAGGGAGAACCAGGGGCGCAGGGCAGGGGGGGCUCACCUGGUCCACCAGGCCGAUUCGUUGUCGGACCCAAGGGUGAUCCUGGCCCAAGUGGUCCUCCUGGUCCAAUUGGGGAGACUGGCUACGGGCUUCCAGGUCCAAAGGGUGACCGAGGAGAUUCAGGCUCUGCAGGUCCACUCGGUCCCAAAGGAGACGGCUACCCUGGCCCCACGGGCCCUCCAGGUCUGCCCGGACUUCCAGGAGAACCCGGCCAAGAAGGAUUGGGCAUCCCAGGACCAAAGGGGGAUGUUGGUUUCCGAGGGUUACCUGGUUUACCUGGACCUCCAGGAGAAGGUCUCCAUGGACCUCCGGGUAACCCCGGGCGACCAGGCCCACUGGGGCCAACAGGGCCUCCAGGACAAGGAGUUCAAGGGCCUAAGGGUGAACAGGGGGCACAGGGUGUGACAGGACCAAGGGGGCAACCAGGAGAAGGCUUCCCUGGAGCUAAAGGCGACCGUGGCGCAGGAGGGGAGAGGGGACUGAAGGGAAUCAAAGGAGAUUUGGGAGACCCUGGAUCCUCGGGCCAACCUGGUCGACCCGGUGUUAAAGGUGAAGCAGGCCUCACUAGAGAAGACAUCAUUCGGAUGAUCAAAGAGAUUUGUGGAUGUGGGAUCAAAUGUAAGGAGAGGCCUAUGGAGCUGGUGUUUGUCAUUGACAGUUCAGAGAGUGUGGGCCCAGAAAACUACGAGAUUAUCAAGGACUUUGUCAAUGCAUUAGUUGACCGGGUCACUGUGGGCCGCAACGCCACCAGAAUUGGUCUGGUGCUUUACAGCCUGGAGGUGAAGCUGGUGUUCAACCUGGCCCGCUACGUGAACAAAGAAGACAUCAAACAGGCCAUUAGGAACAUCCCAUACAUGGGAGAGGGCACCUACACAGGUACAGCCAUCCGCAAAGCUACCCAGGAAGCCUUCUACAGCUCCCGUGUGGGAGUCAGCAAAGUGGCCAUCGUGAUCACUGACGGGCAGACGGACAAACGAGAGCCGGUAAAGCUGGAUUUAGCCGUACGGGAAGCUCAUGCUGCCAAUAUUGAGAUGUUUGCUCUGGGCAUCGUGAAUACUUCAGACCCAACACAGGCUGAGUUCCGCAGAGAGCUGAAUCUCAUCGCCUCCGACCCAGAUACUGAGCACAUGUUCCUCAUUGAUGACUUCAACACCCUGCCAGCUUUGGAAUCCAAGUUGGUCAGCCAGUUCUGUGAGGACGAGAAUGGAGCCCUGAUUUAUAACAAAGUAACUAACGGCUACGGAUACAAUGGCUACGGUGGCAACGGCAACAGGAAUGGCUACAAUGGGCACAAUACCAUCGGAACUGGCACCAACAAUCAUGGCCAUGGAGGCCGGGGGGACAACAACCCAGGACAUGGAGGAAGGAACCCAGGGACUGGGACAGAGCGUGGGGACACAUUCAAUCGCAACACUCCAGAUGUCCCAUCCAGCGGCGGAGGCUCUACCUCAUCCAGUGGCGGAGGCUCUACCUCAUCCAGUGGCGGAGGCUCUACCUCAUCCAGUGGCGGAGGCUCUACCUCAUCUUCGACAAAUUCUACAUAUUAUGUACCUGCACCACGGCCAGCUCUUCCCAAAGAAACCGUGCCCUUGGACCCUCGCUGCAACUUGAUUCUGGAUCAGGGAACAUGUCGGGACUAUAACAUCCGCUGGUACUACGACAAACAGGCCAACGCCUGUGCUCAGUUCUGGUACGGAGGCUGUAACGGCAACCAGAACCGCUUCGAUACGGAGGAUGAGUGCAAGAGGACGUGUGUGAUGGCCUGACCUUCUGGAGGCUGAGUGAAGGCAUCUGCCAUACAUCUGCUGUAGAUACUUCAAGGAGGGGCAGCUAAUAUCAGCAACUUUCCACAGGGUUAUGUCAAGUUUGUGCAUAAUUCUCAGGCAUUUACACUGUCAGGAUUUGCUUUGGGUAGAAACGGUUUAAUUUCACUCCCCAACUUUGUGCCCUCUCCUCUAGCACUUAUUGUAACAUUAUCCUC